GCACUGCAGUUUCUUCCGAGGCUCGAAACAACUAUCUCCAAGAACUGAAAGCAAAUCAUUUUGAAAGCACCCGAAAACGUGGUAUCCAUCGCAAAAUUGAUUUACGGACCUUUUUGUUACCUCCUGGAUCGUCGGACAGCAGUGUAUAUGAUCUUAUGAACCGACAAAAUGCCCAGCAACUGCUCCGAAUGAAAUUGCUUCAAUUCUACGAAGAUGUGAGACCAGCGUAUUAUGGUACUUGGACCAAAAAAAGCAAAGUGGUCACUGGACGAACUCCGUUUGCUCGCGAUGAGCAGUCCAUGGACUACGAGCAUGACAGCGAAGCAGAAUGGGAACCCGAGGGUGAAGGCGAGGAUAUUCAAAGCGGUGAAGAAGAUGAGGAUGAUCCAACCGCAGAUUUGGCUGACGGCGACGAUGCGGGCUGGCUGGUUCCUGAGGGUUAUUUAUCGGACAGUGAAGGCGUUGAUACCGACGAUGAAGAUUACAAGAAAUCUCGAUCGCAAGGCGUGACAUUGAGACCCGCGUCUCGAAAGCAUUUGACUAUUCGUCAAGUUGUCAUUGGUCCUCUGUACGAAGAUGUGGAUGGCCAUGUAGAAGAUGACGCACUUAAACCAUACGAGACCAAAAUGAUUAUCGACUGCGGUGACAGUUAUGAUCCAUUCUACGUAGAACCUGUAUCAGCUGCUGCCAACGCUGGCAAGGGUUCAAGCUUUACAGAACACCAUACCACUGAAUUAGUGAAUAUCAUUGCAGGAAAGGCAGUGGAGAAUAUACCGGAUCUCGUUUCCGAGGCAAAAUCAAAUUGGUUAUUGCGCGAUGUUCCUAAACGUCAAAUUGAAGCAAGGAUCAAGGAUUUGGCAGUAAAAGAAAAGCGCGGUUCUGAUACAAAACCGGCUUGGUAUAUCAAAGAAACCAAUUAAAAAUACUAAUUUCGAAAGUCAAGUUUAGUUUUUCUUUUUCAUUCAUCUUCAUCCUCCCUUCUUCCUCCUCUUUUUGCCCAUAAUUUGUAGAUGCAUCGCUAUGUUUUCUUUGCAACUCCCCGUUUUCCGAGCAAAUGACAGAAAAAACCACAACUUACCAAACUAGCUGCAAAUACAAUAUCUCGCUUGAUAUCUUCUUCCGCUUGUUCCAUUUUUUUGUAGAGCGCUGUAUCACCUACCAUUCGCGCAGCCCCCAAAACCUCACGGCAAGUUUCGUCCAAGCGACUGAUACAACGCACAAUCGAGCCUACACAG